AUGGACGUAAUAUCAGUGUCCGGCGGGGAGAGCGCGUCGUUGAAGGAUCCGGUGGUCGAAGUGGAAGCCGUUGAUAUGGCAGCCGUGGAGACGGAAGGGAAGAUCAAGGCCGAAGAUACGGCUGCUGUGGUGGGCGAGGCGUCCCAUUCCGAGUACGAGUCUGACAGCGAUGACUCUGGAGAGGAAUGGGAAACUCAGUCCCUGUACGAAGAUGCGAUUCAAGUACUGAAGGAUGAGCAACUUCGCGAUGGCGUGCCGGGUGCUUGCACUCUGGAAGAAGCCAUUGCGUACCGCGAACGACUACAUGAAAUCGGAAAGGCUGCAUUCGUUGAGGAAACGAUUGCUCGUGAUACUGUCACCGCGAAGAAGUUAUGUACUGCGUUUGGAAUCAUGCCGCCAGCGUUCCUGGAAGGGGCCCCUGACGAAGCGUAUCACCCUCUUCUUGCGAUUGGGAUUUCGCGCGAAUUCUCGAGGCGGCCUAAACUUCCUCAAUACAAUACAAUUGACGAUGCCGUCCGGUUGCUCAAGGAAUCCAAGAAUAUCAUUGUGUUGACUGGCGCAGGUAUCUCCACGAGUCUUGGAAUCCCCGAUUUUCGCUCGAAAGAUACCGGACUCUAUUCUCAAUUAGAACAUCUGGGGCUAAGCGACCCUCAGGAGGUAUUUGAUAUUCAUGUGUUCCGUGAUGAUCCAAAUAUCUUCUUCUCAAUCGCGAAGGAUAUAUUGCCUACGGAGAAGAAAUUCUCGCCCACUCAUGCCUUCAUCAAGCUCCUGCAGGAUCAAGGGAAGCUGUUGACCAAUUAUACUCAAAACAUCGACAACAUUGAGGCCAACGCAGGUAUUCUGCCGGAGAAAAUCCUGCAAUGUCACGGCUCUUUUGCGACGGCUACGUGCGUCAAGUGUCAUCACAAAGUGAAAGGCGAAGAUAUUUUUGACGACAUCAAAAAAGGCAUUGUUCCCGAAUGCGUGGCUUGCAAAGAGAGUCUCGAAGACGAUUCUUUGAAGCCGCAGGGUCUCAAACGGAAACGGAUGUCCAACGGAACGCAGAAAAGCAGGAAGAAGGACGGCGAGGACAGUUCGGAGGAGGAAGAUUACGAGAUUCCCACUCCUGGCGUUAUGAAGCCUGACAUUACAUUCUUUGGCGAGGACUUGCCCGACGAGUUCGGCCGUCGUCUGCUUCAUCAUGACCGUGAUAAAGUGGACUUGGUCAUCGUGAUUGGUACAUCGUUGAAAGUCGCACCUGUGGCUGAAGUUCCGGGUGUUCUCCCUCGCCAUGUCCCCCAGAUCUAUAUUUCUCGUACUCCUGUGACGCAUACGUGCUUCGAUAUUGACCUCUUGGGUGAUUGCGAUGUGGUAGUCUCCGAGCUGUCUCGUCGGGCCGGCUGGGAGUUGAAACAUGACAUGAUACCCCCCGAUGAGAAGGUUGAGAUUACUCGGGUUGAAGGAUAUGAUUCACGAUAUGUAUUUAAGGUUGUGGGCGCAUAG